AUGCCGACGAACCAACUGGAUGAAUCAUCAUCGUCCUUGUUGCCUUCGCUUCACAUUUCAUCAUCAGAGUCUGCUUCACCGAUGAUGGAUAACAACACGAGAUAUGUUGGUGGUAGCGGCAACAACAUGAAUCAUCAAAAUGGCACUAGUGAUCAGUCGCUAUCAUCUAAUGAUGCUUUUCAUCAUCGGGACGAGUCCGAUCACUGGUUUUGUCUUGUUAAACAAUUAGAUAAGCCUCCCCAUAUGAAAUUAACAAAUAUAUUCCAACAAUCAAAGAAUCAAGAUUUAUUUAAAUUAUUUCAACACGUUACAAGCAAGAAGGAAAUAUUUGAAAAAUUUUGGAAUCAUGGAAGUGUGGAUGAUAACAACAAUAUUUCAUCAUCAUCAAUUGCAUCAGAAUUGUCAAUGAGGCUACGAGCUAUUUUAUAUGAUUCAUUUGUUACGAAUCAUGUAAUGUUUAAUAACGACAUUUCACUUGCACAAUAUUCACAAUUUAGUGAAUUUCAUAGCUUGGAAAACGAUUUUGCCUUAUUAGAGGAGUCAAAAAGCAAUACAAACAAAGAUCAAAUACAUCCUUCAGACAUGCUGAAAUAUCAUCAUAUCGAACAAGCAUUUAUUUCCAAUCUCUUUACUUCUCAAUCGCCACUUAAAGUACAAUACGAUGAUGACAGUAUAGAAUUUUUGUCAUCUCUGAAGGCUGAUUCUAUGAUGAUGCCACUCUCUGAAGAGUCAGGAGAAGAAGAGGCCUCAACGCCCACUCAAAAAAAGCAGAAAAAGAAAACCAUCACAACUACGAGCAAGCAGACAAAGAAAAAACCAAAGCACGAACAUUCUUGGAUUUUAACGGGAAAUCCCUCUCUUAUAGCCCUCUAUGAUGCCAUGUGGCACGUAUUUUCAACAAUUCAUGAAAUGGAAGAUGCCUGGCCUUUUAGAAAACCAGUCACAAAAGCCCAAGCAAAAGAUUACUUUGACAUUAUCGAAAAACCUAUGGACCUUUCGAAAAUUUCCAAAAAAUUAGAGUCCUUGUCCUACAGAUCCAAGAAUGAAUUCUCUGAUGAUUUCAAGCUCAUGUUCAAUAAUUGUAGGACCUACAAUACAGAGCCUGGUAAUAUUUAUGUCAUGGCUGCAGAUAACUUGGAAAAGGCAUUUGAUGCCCAAUUUGAUUCCAUACCAGACACAGUAGUCGACAGCGAACCUGUUGAUGAAAAAAUACCUUCGACCUAUGAGAUUGAGGAUGAUGGAUGGAAUUUCAUUGAUACUGAGCUCCCCUCAAGAAUUGAGAAUACUCUUGUGCUGCCUGCCAAGGAUCUCACGACCUAUAAAGAAUUGAGAGCCAAGCUGAAACAAGAAUCUCAACUUUGUAACAAUAUUGAUAUUUUCGAUCGUGAGCAAAGAUGGGAUGUUCUCACACGAGAUUUGAGAACUCCUUACGUAAAAUUACGAGAGCAAAAUCGAAUUCAAAAACUUCAACGAGACGCUUUGGGAGCAUUUUAUUUGGAGAAUAUUUCUAGUGAAACUAGGUGCAUUUUCCCAGAAUAUUUCUACACAGUUGCACUUCCUGAUUAUGGAAACAAAUUAUCGAAUUCGUCUUUAAGAGAGGUUGCUUUUCACAUGAUCGCCAAAAGCCCAUCUGAAGAUCGAGUCAAGAAUCAAAUGACUCAAAUUAGCAAUCUAGGAUUUAAACUGGGGUUACGAGAUCGAUCUGUUAUCGCUCAAUUUUAUAAUCAGAGUGCACAAUUAACAAAACUUCAACACACUGUUCAGACCAUGUUAAAAUGUUCCUAUGAACCUAUUCAAAGCGAGUGUCAAACACCAACCACUCUUCUCUUUAAAAAAGGUGGAGAACCUUCCACACCUAAAUCACCUGGUGGUAGAGCCUCUAGAUCCAGUAAAACAACUAUUGCUGCCAGUGUGAUCACUACCAAGUCUCCACCUUCUCCCCAAGAUGAAGGACCAUUUAUUGGGUUCAACUACUCUCUUUCUAAUGAUUGCCUGAUAAAACAAAAUGUAGAUAAGAUUAUUCAAUUAAGAGAAAAACGAAAGACUUUGAUUGGGUCAACUCCCAAACGUCACAAUGCGAAGAGUAGCAAAAUUACGGAAACUAGCACUACUGAUAAUAGCGGUGUCACCAUUGCGGGAAAGAAUGAAAUGUUACUCAGCCAGAAUGCGACCUCAGGAAAUGUAUAUAACGCUCUCACUUGCAUUACUUCCAUGAUACUCUGCCAUGAGGGCUUUGAGGGCGCAAAAUUAGGUGCUCUCAAUAUUUUGACAGGUGUCUUGCGUUCCUACAUUUCAUGUUUUGGAUCAGUCCUUUCGAAUUAUGCUUCAGAAAGAUCGUUGUCUGAAGAGGAAGUCAUUAUGCGAUCGUGUGAAGAAAUGCUUGGAAGAAAUAUCAUUGUGGAAGAUUUGAAACAUUUGAAACAAAAUGUGGAGAGAAGUGUUGGUAUGGUGAGCUCCAAACUUAAAAUUGUUGAAAGCAAGCUUAAUACGACAACAAGUAGGCCCACAAAAGCAGCAAACAAAGGAGCUGCGAAAACAAAAUUGGCGGAUGUACAGCAGCAAGAGAAGAAGAAAGCAUCUACUACUACUGGCAGCGGUGCCUCUCCCACCAAUGAAAAAAACAAUUGA